GCCGCGCCGCGAGAGCGCGCGGGCUGUAGCCCCUUCCCAGAGGCCGCGGGGCUGAGUGCCAGCCUGGCCCCGCCCCUCGGCGACCGGCUAGGUGGGGCCGCGACUCCCCGCCCCUUUCGGGCACGCCCACCCAGUGUCUGGGCCUCGCGGGCCGCAACAGGCGGCGGGCGAGCGCGAGGACCGCGCGCAGCGAAGGCCCGCGCGUGCGUGCAGGUUCGCUGGUGGCUCGCGCUCCGCCGGGCGUUCUGAGGAGACGCGCUGAGCCGCUGCCGCCGCGGGGAGGAAGCCUGCGAGUAGCUCGCGUGCCCUCAGUCCGCGUAAGCCCCGCGCCCCUUCCACCCCUGGCCAGGCCAUGGCGGAACGCGGAGGGGCGGGCGGUGGUCCCGGAGGCGCCGGGGGCGGCAGCAGUCAGCGGGGCUCUGGGGUUGCCCAGUCCCCGCAGCAGCAGCCGCCGCAGCAGCCGUCUCAGCCGCAACAGCCGACGCCCCCCAAGCUGGCCCAGGCCACCUCGUCCUCCUCGUCCACCUCGGCUGCGGCCGCCUCCUCCUCGUCCUCCUCCACCUCCACCUCCAUGGCCGUCGCGGUGGCCUCGGGCUCUGCGCCUCCGGGCGGUCCGGGACCAGGCCGCACCCCCGCCCCAGUGCAGAUGAAUUUGUAUGCUACCUGGGAGGUGGACCGGAGCUCAUCCAGCUGCGUGCCCAGACUCUUCAGUUUGACUCUGAAGAAACUUGUUAUGCUUAAAGAAAUGGACAAAGAUCUUAACUCAGUAGUCAUUGCUGUGAAGCUGCAGGGUUCAAAAAGGAUUCUUCGCUCCAAUGAGAUCAUCCUUCCAGCCAGUGGCCUGGUGGAAACAGAGCUCCAGUUAACCUUCUCCCUCCAGUACCCUCAUUUCCUUAAGCGAGACGCCAACAAACUGCAGAUUAUGUUGCAAAGGAGGAAGCGGUACAAGAACCGGACUAUCUUGGGCUAUAAAACCUUGGCUGUGGGACUCAUCAACAUGGCAGAGGUGAUGCAACACCCUAACGAGGGUGCUUUAGUACUUGGCCUGCAUAGCAACGUAAAGGAUGUCUCUGUGCCUGUGGCAGAAAUAAAAAUCUACUCUUUAUCCAGCCAGCCCAUUGACCAUGAAGGAAUCAAGUCUAAGCUGUCUGAUCGUUCCCCAGAUAUUGACAACUACUCUGAAGAAGAGGAGGAAAGCUUCUCCUCAGAGCAGGAAGGCAGUGAUGACCCAUUACAUGGACAGGACCUAUUCUAUGAAGAUGAAGAUCUUCGGAAAGUAAAGAAGACUCGAAGGAAACUGACCUCAACCUCAGCCAUCACUAGGCAACCGAACAUCAAACAGAAGUUUGUGGCCCUCCUGAAACGAUUCAAAGUUUCUGAUGAGGUGGGCUUUGGGCUAGAACAUGUGUCAAGGGAGCAGAUUCGGGAAGUGGAAGAGGACCUGGAUGAACUAUACGACAGUCUAGAAAUGUACAACCCCAGCGACAGUGGCCCUGAGAUGGAAGAAACAGAAAGCAUCCUCAGCACCCCAAAGCCCAAGCUCAAGCCCUUCUUUGAGGGGAUGUCUCAGUCCAGCUCACAGACGGAGAUCGGCAGUCUCAACAGCAAGGGCAGCCUUGGAAAAGACACCACCAGCCCUAUGGAAUUGGCAGCUUUAGAAAAAGUUAAAUCUACUUGGAUUAAAAACCAAGAUGACAGCUUGACUGAAACAGACACUUUAGAAAUCACUGACCAGGACAUGUUUGGAGAUGCAAGCACAAGUCUGGUUGUACCAGAAAAAGUCAAAACUCCUAUGAAGUCCAGCAAAGCUGAUCUGCAGGGCUCCGCCUCGCCUAGCAAGGUGGAAGGGACACACACACCUCGGCAAAAGAGGAGCACUCCCCUGAAGGAGCGGCAGCUCUCCAAGCCCCUGAGUGAGAGGACCAACAGCUCUGACAGUGAGCGCUCUCCUGACCUGGGCCACAGCACACAGAUUCCAAGAAAGGUGGUAUACGACCAACUGAAUCAGAUCCUGGUUUCCGAUGCAGCGCUCCCUGAGAAUGUCAUCCUGGUGAACACCACGGACUGGCAGGGCCAGUAUGUGGCCGAAUUGCUUCAAGACCAGAGGAAGCCUGUUGUGUGUACCUGCUCAACAGUGGAGGUCCAGGCCGUGUUGUCUGCCCUGCUCACUAGGAUUCAGCGCUACUGCAACUGCAACUCAUCUAUGCCGAGGCCAGUCAAGGUGGCAGCUGUGGGCAGCCAGAGUUACCUGAGCUCCAUCCUCCGGUUUUUUGUCAAGUCCCUUGCCAGCAAGACCCCGGACUGGCUGGGCCACAUGCGCUUCCUCAUCGUUCCCCUAGGUUCUCAUCCAGUGGCCAAAUACUUGGGCUCAGUAGAUAGUAGAUAUAGCAGCACCUUUCUUGAUUCUGCUUGGAGAGACCUGUUCAGUCGCUCAGAGCCUCCAGUGUCAGAGCCACUGGAUGUGGUGGGUCGUGUGAUGCAGUAUGUCAAUGGAGCUACCACAACACACCAGCUGCCUGUGGCUGAAGCCAUGUUGACCUGCAGGCAUAAGUUCCCUGAUGAAGACUCCUACCAGAAGUUUAUCCCCUUCAUUGGUGUUGUGAAAGUGGGCCUUGUUGAAGACUCGCCCUCCACUGCAGGUGAUGGGGACGAUUCACCUGUGGUCAGCCUUACUGUGCCCUCCACAUCACCACCCUCAAGCUCGGGCCUGAGCCGAGAUGCCACAGCUACCCCUCCCUCAUCCCCAUCCAUGAGCAGUGCCCUCGCCAUCGUGGGGAGCCCAAAUAGCCCUUAUGGGGAUGUGAUUGGCCUCCAGGUGGAUUACUGGCUGGGCCACCCUGGGGAGCGAAGGAGAGAAGGUGAUAAGAGGGACGCCAGUUCAAAGAAUACCCUCAAGAGUGUCUUCCGCUCAGUGCAGGUUUCUCGCCUGCCCCAUGCAGGGGAAGCCCAGCUUUCUGGCACCAUGGCAAUGACUGUGGUCACCAAAGAGAAGAACAAGAAAGUGCCCACUAUCUUCCUGAGCAAGAAGCCCCGGGAAAAGGAGGUAGAUUCUAAGAGCCAAGUCAUCGAGGGCAUCAGCCGCCUCAUCUGUUCUGCAAAGCAGCAGCAAACCAUGCUGAGAGUGUCCAUUGAUGGAGUUGAAUGGAGUGACAUCAAGUUCUUCCAGCUGGCAGCUCAGUGGCCCACUCAUGUCAAGCACUUUCCAGUGGGACUCUUCAGUGGCAGCAAAACCACCUGAGACCCUGCCUCCCAACCACUCCCUCCUGGCACUGCCACCCAGCCCAGCCUCCUUUCCUUGCACUGGGGCUUGCCUCCACUUGCCCAGUCCUGAAGGACACUGCCACUGGGGAUGCAGCCCUCCCUGCUCACUGCCCAGCCAUCUCUGCCCAGCUCUCCCCUGUUCCAGGCCCAGAGCUGGGUGAUCCUGCCUUCUGGUGCCCAUAAUUCCUGUAAUUGAAUAAUCUGGGCCUUCCUUCACCUCACUCACCCCUGCAGCGCUGGUACCCUUUCUAGAAAUGAAACACCUGGAGUUCUGGUACACAGGGAGACAGCCCAGCACCCUACAUAAGCUGGCCACCCAGCUCUGCAUUUCUAAGGCUCUGUUGCCUGUUGUACUCACCCUGCCUUCCUCCACCCUGCCAUUCCUCACCUGCCUCACAGUUUCCCAGUAGGGGGAAGGGGGAUGGCACCUGGGCAUCCUGGAGUUUCUGGGAUUGAAGGGACCUUCCCAGUCUCCCAUGCAUGAUUUCCUGACACCUCAAGUCACUUGGAUGUCCUGUGUUUUGUGUGUUUUUAGUUGUUUGGGUAACUUGUCCUGUGCACAGGUCCUUAAGGCUCCUCCUCCCUCUGCCUCCCAGCCUCCUACCUAACAUUGCUCUGUGGCUUCAUGAGGUAGGAGACAGCAAACCCACCCACCCACCCACCCCUUCACCCCUCAACCCACACACAUCAUCCGUGGCUCUUAUCCAGUCAUAUUGUCUCCCCUCUCCUGUGUCAGCUUGCCUCCCGGCUCUGCUCUGUCAUCCCACUUCCUUCAUGGCAGGGCAGCAGAAUGAGGCCCUUCUCCACCAGGUCUCCCUCCAGCAGCCUCCUUCCCUCUCUCAGCCAUGAAUGGGUCCCAGACCUACCUCAGCCUCCUUAUCAGUGUCUUCAUGAGAGGCUGAGGACAAGGGACAGAUCUGGCCCAGCCUCCAUGCCCUCUGUGUAAUAUGGCACCUCAGAGCUUCUCCGUUGCCCCCUCAGUGUUUCCUAGCAGUGUGGCACGGAACUGCACUUGGAACCUAGUUUUGGUGUUCUUCACAUCCAAAACUCUUAAGCCCCUCCCGCUGCCCAGCCUGUCCAGAGUAUCUCCUGGGCCUGAGAAUAAGUGGGGUGGGAAGACUGGGGCCAUGUUGGGUUUUUUCAUUCAAUAAACUGGUGAUUUCUUACCAACUC